GAAUUUAGUGGUAGGCUACUGUAAUUACAUUUACAGUAUAGUACACUUAAAGAAGCAAUAUCAUUGUAACCGGGUGGUAAAUGAGAUUUCCCACUUAGGUUAAAAGUAGUUCUCAUGGUUCAUAAAUGUCAAUAUGUGCGUUUUUGUUCUUUUAUUUUGUGUGUAACAUCCUCUAAAUGUGAGGAGUUAGAGUGUAAGUGCAUUGGCACAGGGUAUGCUGUUGUUGCAGAUUAUGGUCACAAGGCGGCAGUAUUGAGUAAUGUUAUUGUUACCGCGCCAGGUGCAUCAUGGUCUCUCUUCCUGUUUUACGUGUGAACAAUGUGGAGAUAGUUAGCGUGGAGAGCAGUGUCGUGGGCUGUCGUAUGAAGUAGUAGGUAACUGGACAUAUUUCUUGUAAAAUAUCCAUGUAUAAACAUGUCAAAAACAUUAUUGAUCGAUAUUUGAGUAAGAUGGUUUGUUUUAUGCACUGUUUGGGUUUGUGUCCUGCCGUUUUGAGCGCGUGUCCACGACAACCGUGUUGCUAAUGUAAAUGCUAAUGUCCGAGUGAAUAAAAUCACACUAUGCUUGUACUUUGUCAUUAGAGAAAGGCACUGGUUUACGUUUUAUUUAACUCUGUUUAAAGGUGACUGAGUGAGUGGUUUAACUUGUGCAAUUCCCGUGAAGGUCCACGUUGGUUUGCAGAAACAAGGGAGAAUCCAUAUGCCACUGCCGUAUUUUCAAUAUUUUCAAUAUUUUCAGUAUUUUCAGUAUUUUGUUUAUUUUGUAUUUUGGAAAUUUUGUAGCCAUUAAUUUGGUGCAAAGCUGCCACAAACUGUGCCACUGAUAAAAGUGACCUGUUCAAAUUUAUGUCAGCAAUAAACUUGCAGCCAAACGAACCCCAGAAGUAAAUGUGUCCUGUGUGGCAUCUAAUUCCACGGGCUACACAUUUUUGGUACCAGGAGUGGGGUUACAUGCUAAGACAUACUUUUUAAACUGGCAACAGAGUGGCAUAUUUUUAUUUUUUUAUUUGAGAAAUACGGCAGUGGUGAAGACUGCAGGUGAUGUCCAGUGUUUGAGUCCGAGAGGCCAGCCUGUGGUGGAAGCGGUGAACAGCGAGGGACAACCUGAGGGGCUCCAAGGUGUGCUGGUGCUUCCUGCUUAAAAGACUCAUCCGUACCUGCGCAGAGGAUUCAAGCACAAGCUUCCGCUGUAAAGAGUGAGAUUCAACAAGGCUCCAGAUAUAGACUGUCUCCACAGUAUCCUUGACCCACGACUUGGACUUCACAUUUACAUAUAUAGUGGACUGAUUAGAGAUAUUUCAUCAUGUCUAGUGAAUCUGGUGAUGAAGGUCCUGCAAGUAAUGGUAAUGGUCAGUUAGGCCAGGCCUCCGGUGGGGCGGCAGGUACAAGUAGAGACACUACAGAUGAUAUACAGGUGCAAAUGCAAGAGCUCACUAGAUUGCGAGAUGAACUCACCAGGUUAAGUACUGAAGUGAGAACUCAGGGUAGACCCACACGUUCGUUCAUUUACGUUCCAAGAGAACGCCAGAUCCCAGCAUUUAGUGGGGACUGUGGUAAAGAUGGGAGAUCUGUGGAAGAGUUCAUUGAUGAGGUUGAAAGGGUUUUGAGAUCCAGAGAGCUAACAACAGAUGAAAAAUGUGACUACAUACUGUCUCUGUUGCGUGGUCCGGCCUUAGAAGAGGUGCGACUGUGCAUGGGGAGUCAGUCAGUGGGCCCCCAUGAUUUGUAUUCUUACCUGAGAAAUGCAUUUGGCGAAAAACGCAGCACUACACAGCUUUUGCAGUCCUUUUACAACCGUAAACAAGCAGAGGGAGAGGACCUCCGUGACUACUCCCAUGCACUCUCACAGAUCUUAAGCUCCGUAGUGAAGCAGUCUUCAGAUGUAAUACCAAAUGAGAAAACUGUUCUUAGGGAUCAGUUUGUCGAAGGUUUACGGGAUGCUGCCCUCCGGCGUGAACUCAGGAAGAUGGCUAGGGACAAACCAGAUUCCAGCCUUCUAGAGGUGAGGAACGAAGCUCUCUUGUGGGAAAUGGAGGACAGCAGGUUCCAUCGUCCCAGAGCUGUUAAGAGUAACCAAGUUAAGUCAGAGGUUUCAGAAACCCAGUGCUUCCCUGUUACAACUGACAAUGGCCAAUGUACUGUAUUAGAUGAUGUUCAAAGGGCAGUAGCUCAUCAGGAAAAGCAGCUAGCAGAGCUAAGCAAAACAAUUAGCGAGCUAGCUGGUGCUGUUAGUGAACUGAGUAAGCGCAGCACUCAACAGAUUUUCCCAGGACCCAAGCCAAGAGCUAGAUCACAGCCAGAGUUCACACAGGAUGGCCAGCCUAUCUGUUUCAAAUGUAGAGGCGUUGGGCACAUUGCAAGACGGUGCCCACAGGCAAAAAGGGGGCACGAUUGCUCAACACCAGGUCCCACUUUAGCACAGGAAAACUCCCACCCUCGGUUGUCAUGAGCCAAACAACUCGGGGGGAGAUAGCUGGCUCACCAAAUGAGACUCCUGACAAAAGUAAAAUCUUAGAGCGUGCAGUUGGAGAAUGCAAGACAGUUGAGGUGAAACUCCGGGGUGUUACGGUAUCAUGCCUACUUGACACUGGUAGCAUGGUCAGUACAAUUUCAGUUUUUUCAGGGAACACCUGUCAGAAAAAGGGGAAGACAUUCUUCCUGCAUUUGAGUGGUUAAAGAUUACUGCUGCAAAUGGAUUAGACUUACCGUAUAUGGGCUAUGUGGAGCUUGAUCUAGAAGCCAUGGGCCUGACUAUCCCAAAACGAGGUUUCCUGAUAGUUAAAGAUUCUGCGCACUCUUCUGCUGUUCCGGGUCUAAUAGGGAUGAAUAUUGUCAAAAAAUACAAAGAACUAGUACACGCCGAGUUUGACACCACACUGCAUGGUAAAUGUGACUCCCAUUGGAGAGAGGCUUUUCAUCACCUUCAGACAGCAACUGUAACAGACAGGCUCUCUUUUGCUAGAGUAGCUGGUAAAGAUAUAGUUCAUGUCCCUGCUUCAUCUGCUGCUACAGUCAUGGCUAGGGGACUUAGGACUGUGAGGGAAGGUGGCCCUUUGUUGUUAUUGGAGCCUAUCAGUGCACACAUACCUGGCGGUUUGGUUGUUGUGCCGACUUUUUGUUUUGUCUGAGAGUCACGUUUUCCCAGUGCAGGUCAUGAACCUGUCUGAUGAAGACAUCUGGCUGAGGCCAAGGACAAGGUUGGGGGUUUUAAAUCACAUAGACAGUGUGAAAAGUGAUGAGGUUUGCGAGGUACAGUUCCAGAGAAUCUCGGCAGACACUGAAGAAGUGCGUAUUGACCAACAUCCUGACGCAUCCACCAAUGUACAGCCCAUCCUAGACCAGCUCAAUGGAUGUGGUAGCCCAGAACAACGCGCACAGCUGGCUCUGCUGCUGGAGAAGUACUCUUUUGUAUUUGCAACAGAAGACGAAGAUCUAGGGUACACUGACAAAGUGCAACAUGAGAUACAUCUCACAGAUGACAUACCAGUGACACAGCCAUACAGACGAAUCCCACCCACACAGUACAGUGAAGUUCAGAGAACACAUUGGCAAGUUAUUGAAGAAGGGAGUCAUCCAGGAGAGCUCUAGUGCUUAUG